AUGUCCGGUUCGGGGUUUGGGUCGGAUCUAAUUCGGUUCGGACAAAAAAACCCGGAUUUACAGACCCAAACUAGGACAUGGAUAGCUUCAAUCGGUGCUGCCUCUCCACUGCUACACGAUCGAUCGGUGCUGCUCUCCACUGCUUCGAUCGAUGUUGCUUCGAUCAGUGCUGCUCUCCACUGCUACACGAUCGAUCGGUGCUCCUCUCCACUGCUACACGACCGAUUUGGUGCUGCUCUCCAUUGCUGCUCUCCACUGCUACAUGAUCGGUACUGUUCUCCAGUGCUACACUCCAAGGCUUCGAGUUUUCGCUACUUCUACACCAUUGUUGUUGCUGGACUGAGGGUUUAG